UACAAUUUAUUACAUAUUCCAAAGGUUGUUGCUUCUUCACAUAUUAUAUUUAAAAAAAAAAAGUAAAAUUUGAAGCAUUUGAUUAUUAUUAUUGAGGGUAAAACACAUUCUACUAAUAAAAAAUUGUAUAAAGUUAAAUUUUAAGAAUUUAUUUUUCAGAAUUUCCAAGCCAAGUAGUCUUGACUAUCACAUCAUGUCCUGCAAGUUUGUGUCACUUGUAUUUAUGUGAUAGAUUUAUUUAUUGUCUGCUUUACAUAUUAAGUUUAAAUAAAUGGUAUAUAAAUACAAUAGAAAACAAGUACAGAAUCAGUUAAGAUGAAGUUUCUACUGGUUUUCGUUGCACUUUUGCAGACGUAUUGUCAAGCAAAGAUCUACGACAGAUGCGAAUUAGCUCGAGAAUUGUUACAUAGAUUCCAUUUUAGUCGGAAGACAAUUGGACAUUGGAUCUGUUUAGUAGAACACGAAAGUUCUUACAAUACAGCAGGAAAAGGAGGACCAAACUGGGAUGGUAGCUAUGAUCACGGACUCUUUCAGAUAAACGAUCGUUAUUGGUGCUCACCUUCUCAUCACGUUAAUGCAUGUAAUGUUAGAUGCUCAGAUCUUCGAACUGAUGAUAUAUCGACAGCAGUGAAAUGUGCGAAGAAAAUUUUUGAAGUACAUAAUUUCUAUGCCUGGGUUGCUUGGAAGAAUCGAUGCCAAAAUACAGACGUUUCUCGGUACGUCCGUGACUGUCAUUUGUAGAACGAAUAAAGGAAUAUAAAUUCUAAUUUUAUACUUCAGGCAUUUUAAUAAAAAAUAAAUUUCCUGUCUCCUUGUCACCAUUCCUUACAUUGCCAAUGUUUUUGGGUUGAUGAUAAUAUACUAGUAAUGUUAUCUCCAUAUAAGAAUUUAAUGAUAAGUGUUACUUCUGCACCUGGUUGUAAAAAUUAUACUUUAAGGCAUAAAAAUAAAUUUGAUUAUGCUUCUUGCUUUUAUAUGAACACUAAGAAACUACAUCUCUGUCCGUGUUCAUUUAUGAAAAUUUUAUUAAUUUUAAUUCGUAGGAAA